CCUCCAACCCCGCCUCGCCUUCGUUAACGCCUCUUCCUCACGGAAGUGAAAGGAGCUCUUCUGGGUUAGGCCUUCGCCGGGAGCCGGCCUUGUGUGAGGGCUGCCCUUUAGGGCCACAUUCGGAAGCUCCGCCUUCCCCUCGGUCUUUCUGGAAAUCCUUCUGUGCUCGCGGCCGUCAGGGCCGGUGCUUCACGGUCGCUGCGGCGUUUCCUCGGAGCCUUGUGCUGCCCCGGCCCGGCGAGACCCUCUGCGCGCUCGCAGGUCGGGAAGGGCGGCUAGGAAGCCGGUGACCCGAGGUCGGAGCCCGGCUGCCGGCGUUUCGGCCCUUUCUGUCGUCCCCUUGGGCGAGCCGGCGGCCCACCGCCAUGGCCGACACGACCCCGAACGGCCCGCAAGGGGCGGGCGCCGUGCAAUUCAUGAUGACCAAUAAGCUGGACACUGCCAUGUGGCUUUCUCGCUUGUUCACAGUGUACUGCUCUGCGUUGUUUGUGCUGCCACUUCUUGGGUUGCAUGAGGCGGCCAGCUUUUACCAGCGGGCUCUGCUGGCCAACGCACUCACCAGCGCUCUGAGGCUGCAUCAGCGGCUGCCGCACUUCCAGCUCAGCCGAGCGUUCCUGGCCCAGGCCUUGUUGGAGGACAGCUGCCACUACCUGUUAUAUUCCCUCAUCUUUGUCAACUCCUACCCGGUCACAAUGAGUAUAUUCCCAGUCUUGUUGUUCUCUUUGCUCCAUGCAGCCACAUACACGAGAAAGGUCCUUGAUGCAAAGGGCUCUAACAGUUUACCUCUGCUGAGAUCUGUCUUGGAUAAAUUAAGUGCUAAUCAACAAAAUAUUCUGAAAUUCAUUGCUUGUAAUGAAAUUUUCUUGAUGCCUGCUACAGUAUUUAUGCUUUUCAGUGGUCAAGGAAGUUUGCUUCAACCUUUUAUAUAUUAUAGAUUUCUUACUCUACGAUACUCCUCUAGAAGAAAUCCAUAUUGUCGCAUCUUGUUUAAUGAACUGAGGAUUGUUGUGGAACACAUAAUAAUGAAACCUGCCUGCCCGCUGUUUGUGCGAAGACUUUGUCUACAGAGCAUUGCCUUCAUAAGCAGACUGGCGCCAACAGUUGCGUAGUUUUAUAUAUAAAAUAUAUAAGCAUUAUUAGCAGCUGGUACUUCUAGGGGGUUGUAAAUUCCAGGUGUGGCACUGACCUCAAUCUAAUUUACAUAAUUUAAAUGAAUGCAUCUCAGUGGAAAAUAAUCGUUUUCCUGGCAUGUUAAGUCAAGCCUUUUUAAAUUUUUCUGAGAAAAAUUUGCUGUGCUAUGUAGCUCAUGGCUAAGUAAGUUUGUACUAAAUUUUUUAGAUGCUGCUGUCCCUGUAUCAUGAAGUACAUUUACUUCUGUUGUAAAAUAGCUUUAAGGUUUGUUGCAAGAUAAUUAGUAACCUGAAUUAUAUCUGGCAUGGGUUCAUUAUGGUAAUAUGUAAACAUGCGAAUUUAGUAUACUUUGAGACAGUAUUCUUUUGCUAUUCAGUAAUUUUUGUUGGUGAUUUAUAGAAACACUUCUUACUGUGUGUAACUCCAAAUUGUUACUGAUUUUGGGCUGCUUUACCAGGAUAUACCAUUAUAAGUAUCUUAUGCUAGAACCUUCUAAAAUUUUAUCUCCAUAGGAAUUUCUCUGGUUUUUAACAUCUAAAAAAUGAAAAGGCUCAAUUGUAAACCUGUUAGCCAACUAGAUAAAUAAGUGGGGUCAGCUAGCUAACCACUUCAUAGCAGCAGGCAGUAGUGACACAGCUUUCAGAACUCCUUGAGUAAA